AUGACAUCUCGGAUAGAAAAGGAUACUUUUUUGCGCAAGUCUAAAAAGAGCGAAAAUAGCGCUAUAGGCAAUGUAGUUAGCAAUAAGGGCCAUAUUUUGGAGAAAAUUGAUGACGAUGUGCUUCAGGUUAACAAACUCCGUAAGUCCUUAAAAGGUGAUAAAGAGCCAAGUCUUGAAAAAGAGAUAGCACUAGAAGAAGCACUAGAAGAAGCACAAGAUGAUCAAGCAGCCGAUGACAACUGGCAGCUUACAACAGAAUACUACAAGAACAUUGAUACGAAAGUUUUUCGACAGUAUGAGCUAGCAUGUGACCGAGUCAAGCAGUUCUACGAAGAACAGCACCUGAAGCAAACUGUCGCAUACAACAUACAAGCACGCAUCAACUUCAAGACAAAGUCAAGGGAUAAGAUGACAGUAUGGGAGGGUUUGGAGAAAUUAAACAAGCUAUUGGAUGAUAGUGAUCCCGAUACUGAGUUGUCUCAGAUUGAUCAUGCAUUGCAAACUGCGGAAGCGAUCCGACGAGAUGGGAAACCUCGAUGGUUUCAACUUGUCGGGCUAAUUCAUGAUUUGGGGAAACUAUUGUAUUUUUUUGACUCAAUGGGCCAAUGGGAUGUUGUUGGCGAUACUUUUCCUGUAGGUUGCAAAUUUUCCAAAAGGAUCAUCUUUCCCGAGAGUUUUGCCAAGAACCCUGAUUUCUUAAAUCCAUUAUACAAUACGAAAUACGGUAUUUACUCGAAACAUUGCGGUCUAGACAAAGUAAUGCUUAGUUGGGGGCACGAUGAGUACAUGUAUCAUAUAGCCAAACGGAGUUCAACCUUGCCUCCCGAGGCUUUGGCUAUGAUUAGAUAUCACUCUUUUUACCCAUGGCAUCUGGAACUUGCAUAUAGUUACCUAAUGGAUGAACAUGAUAAGGAGAUGCUAAAGGCGGUAAAGGCAUUUAACCAAUACGAUUUAUAUUCAAAGAUUGAUCAACAAUACGAUAUAGAAGAAUUGAAACCAUACUAUUUGGAAUUGAUUGACGAAUUUUUCCCAGAUAAGAUUAUUGAAUUUUGA